AUGCGCGAUGCAGGAGACACGUUGGUUUCCCGGACGCAGGAUACGACCCAAAUGGCCUCAGAAACCUACCUCGUAACAGGCGGCUGCGGCUUCCUGGGCAGCCACAUCGUCGAGAAGCUCCUGGCCGCCUACCCGACCGCCCGCAUCGCCGUCUUCUCGCGCAACCCGACGACAAACACCUUUCCCGGCGUCACGUACCACGCCGGCGACAUUGCCUCCCUCGACGACGUCGCCAAGGCCUUUCGGGAGGUGAAGCCGACGGUGGUGUUCCACUGCGCGGGGAUGAUGACGGUCGGGCGAAAAGUCAUGACGGACGCGUUUGUGAGGGCGAUUAACGUUGACGGGACGAGGCAUGUGCUGGAUGAGGCUAAGAGGGCGGGCGUCAAGGCGUUUGUGACGACGAGUAGUGCUAGUGUCGUGCAGAGGGAGAUGUUUAGGGAUAUUGAGGGGGGCGAUGAGAGUUUGCCUAUUGCUGAGGAGGGGGAUGAUACGCUGGCUUAUCCCAAGACGAAGGCCGCCUCGGAUAAGAUGACUCUGGAAUACGACGACCCAACCGGCAUGCGAACCUGCACCCUCCGCCCCGCCGCCGUCCACGGCGAACGCGACAACGACAUCACCCCGGCCAUCCUCCGCAACCUCCGCCUCGGCCGGAACAAGAUGCAAAUCGGCACCAACAAGAACCUCUUCAGCACAACCUACGCAGGGAACGCCGCGGACGCGCACCUCGCGGCAGCCUCGAAGCUUCUUGACGCGCCAGACGGCGUCGCGGGCGAAGCCUUCUUCAUCACCAACGGCGAGCCCGUGCCCUUUUGGGAUUUCAGCAGGGCUGUGUGGCGGGCUGCCGGGGACGAGACGAAGGUUGAGGAUGUGAGGGUUAUUAAUAUGACGUUUGCGCUGGCGUAUGUGUGGGCGCUGGAGUGGGUUUAUUGGUUCAGGGGCGAGGUGCCGCCUUUGACGAGGCAGGUUGUUCGGUUCUCGGGGAUGAGCAGGUGGUAUGUCAUUGAUAAGGCUAAAGAGAGGCUGGGGUGGAAGCCGGAGGUUAGUCAGGAGGAGGGGAUACGGAGGGCUGUUGAGUGGUGGCUUGAGAAGGAGAAGAGGGAGGCGGCUGGGGGAGGGCAGUGA